UUGCUCUCUUCUUUAUUCUGACAGGGCAAAAGACUUGAACAUGCCUCGAAGCCCAACAUCAAGUGAAGAUGAAAUGGCACAAAGCUUUUCAGACUACUCUGUUGAAUCUGAAUCAGACAGCUCCAAAGAAGAAACUAUUUAUGAUACAAUUAGAGCUACCGCAGAAAAGCCAGGCAGCAGAAUGGAAGACAGUCAGAGCAAUACGUUAGUGAUUCGAAUCAUAAUACCUGAUCUACAGCAAACGAAAUGCAUUAGAUUUAACCCUGAAGCUUCAGUGUGGGUUGCAAAGCAACGGAUUUUAUGCACUUUGAAUCAGAGUUUGAAAGAUGUCCUGAAUUAUGGACUGUUCCAGCCUGCAAGCAAUGGUAGAGAUGGGAAAUUUUUGGAUGAGGAACGGCUUCUUAGGGAGUACCCACAGCCAGUGAAUAAGGGAGUUCCUUCCUUAGAGUUUCGGUACAAGAAGAGAGUGUACAAACAGUUCAAUCUUGAUGAAAAACAGCUGGCUAAGCUUCAUACAAAGGCCAAUUUGAGAAAAUUUAUGGAUCAUGUCCAUCAUCUCUCAGUGGAAAAAAUCACAAAGAUGUUAGACCGAGGACUGGAUCCCAACUAUCACGACCUGGAAAGUGGAGAGACUCCACUAACUUUGGCAGUUCAGCUUGACAAUACUGUAGAAGUGAUAAAAGCUCUGAAAAAUGGAGGAGCGCAUUUAGACUUCAGAGCCAAAGAUGGAAUGACAGCUCUGCACAAAGCAGCUAGAGCCAAGAACCAAGUAACCCUCAAGACCCUUUUAGAGCUUGGAGCAUCUCCUAACUAUAAAGACAGCUGUGGCCUGACACCACUGUACCACACUGCUGUCGUGGGAGGGGAUCCUUAUUGCUGCGAGCUGUUGCUUCAUGAACACGCUACAGUCAGCUGCAAAGAUGAAAAUGGAUGGCAAGAAAUUCAUCAGGCCUGUCGGUAUGGGCACGUCCAGCAUCUAGAGCACCUGCUCUUCUAUGGAGCCGACAUGGGCGCGCAGAACGCGUCGGGAAAUACAGCGCUGCAUAUCUGCGCCCUUUACAACCAGGAGAGCUGUGCAAGAGUGCUGCUGUUCCGAGGAGCCAACAAGGAGAUUAAGAAUUAUAACAGUCAGUCGCCAUUUCAGGUGGCUAUAAUAGCAGGAAAUUUUGAGCUCGCUGAAUAUAUCAAGAAUCACAGGGAAGCUGAUAUUGUGCCCUUCAGAGAGGCUCCUACCUAUUCAAACAGAAGGCGGAGGCCCCCAAGCACCUUGGCAGCACCUCGCGUCUUGCUCCGCUCCAACAGCGAUAACAAUCUCAACAUCAACAACCUCCCCGACUGGUCAGCCUCCUCUUCUACUUCUUCCCACCGCAGCCUUUCACCUCAUCUACUUCAACAGAUGCAGAAUAAUCCUAAUGGAACUGUAAAAACCGUUGGGAGUUACACCCCGUCCUCUCGGAGCCGGUCGCCAUCCUUAAACAGGCUGGGAGAGGAUGCGAAAAGGCAGCAGCACAGGCACAUCAGUGCCGGUUACAGUCCUAGUGCCAACAAGGAUACUCUCUCUGUCUUGGAUUAUCAGGGUCCAAAACGCAAACUUUACAGUGCUGUACCUGGAAGACUUUUUAUUGUCGUAAAGCCAUAUCAACCUCAAGGAGAAGGGGAAAUUCAUCUGCACAAAGGAGACAGAGUAAAAGUUUUAAGCAUUGGUGAAGGUGGAUUCUGGGAAGGCAGUACCCGAGGCCAUAUUGGAUGGUUUCCUGCAGACUGUGUUGAAGAAGUUCAGUGUAAACCAAAUGAAGGCAAACCAGAAACACGAACAGAUAGAACAAAGAAACUGUUUAGACACUACACAGUUGGAUCCUAUGACAGCUUUGAUGCUUCAAGUGACUGCAUCAUAGAAGAAAAGGCAGUGGUCCUGCAGAAAAAAGACAAUGAAGGAUUUGGAUUUGUGCUCAGAGGGGCAAAAGCUGACACACCAAUUGAAGAAUUCACCCCAACUCCAGCCUUUCCUGCUUUGCAGUACUUGGAAUCUGUGGACGAAGGGGGAGUAGCAUGGCAAGCUGGCUUGAGAACUGGAGACUUUUUGAUCGAGGUUAAUAAUGAGAAUGUGGUGAAAGUUGGACACAGGCAGGUGGUGAACAUGAUUCGACAAGGGGGCAAUCACCUAGUUCUUAAGGUUGUCACAGUAACCAGGAAUCUUGAUCCAGAUGACACAGCUAGAAAGAAAGCCCCACCACCUCCUAAGCGAGCUCCAACCACUGCAUUGACGUUGCGGUCUAAGUCAAUGACCUCAGAGCUUGAAGAGCUUGUGGAUAAAGCUUCAGUACGGAAGAAGAAGGAUAUUCUCCCUUCACAUUUUGAAGGUUUGAAGAAGAGGAUUGUUUUUCGAGUCACACUAAAUAAGGUGGAUGAAAUAGUGCCAGUUUCCAAGCCAUCAAGAAUUGCAGACAAUGCAACCAUGGAUUCAAGAGUGGCAACUAUUAAACAGCGGCCUUCUAGUAGAUGUUUUCCCUCAGCUACAGAUAUGAAUUCCAUGUAUGAAAGACAGGGUAUUGCUGUGAUGACGCCCACUGUACCAGGGAGUCCUCAAGGUCCUUUUCUGGGUAUACCUCGGGGUACAAUGAGAAGACAAAAAUCUAUAGGAAUAACGGAGGAAGAACGGCAGUUUUUGGCUCCUCCUAUGUUGAAAUUUACCAGAAGUCUUUCGAUGCCUGACACCUCUGAAGAUAUUCCACCACCACCACAGUCCUUACCCCCUUCACCACCACCACCUUCUCCGUCUCUGUACAACUCUCCCAAGUCCCCAGCAUCUAGGAGCUAUGGAACAAUUAAACCGGCGUUUAAUCAGAAUUCGGGUUCAAAAAUUUCUUUGAUUAGGCCUGAAAACGUGGGAACAAUGAUACGGGACAAAGGGAUCUAUUACAGACGAGAACUGGACCGUUACUCGCUGGAUUCGGAGGACUUGUACAGUAGGAGUGCCACAUCUCAGGCAAAUUUCAGGAACAAGAGAGGUCAGAUGCCAGAAAACCCAUAUUCUGAAGUUGGGAAGAUUGCAAGCAAAGCAGUUUACGUGCCAGCCAAACCAGCACGGCGGAAGGGGAUGCUGGUGAAGCAGUCUAACGUUGAAGACAGUCCUGAGAAGACCUGCUCUAUUCCGAUUCCAACAAUCAUUGUGAAAGAGCCGUCCACCAGCAGUAGUGGGAAAAGCAGCCAAGGGAGCAGCAUGGAAAUUGAUCCUCAGUCUUCAGAGCAACCUGGGCAGCUCAGACCUGAUGAUAAUUUAGGCGUCAGCAGCCCAUUUGCAGCAGCCAUUGCUGGAGCGGUGAGGGACCGGGAAAAGCGGUUGGAAGCGAGGCGCAAUUCUCCAGCUUUUCUUUCAACGGACUUAGGAGACGAGGAUGUUGGACUAACACCGCCAACACCACGUAUGAGGCAAUCUAAAUUUACUGAUGAAGGAAUGUUUAGUAACGAAGAUGGUUUUCGACAGCUUAUGUCACCGUCUCCGAUUCCCACACCCAGAGAGUCUGAAAAUCUUUUUAAUAGUAGUGAAGCCAGCAAUCAAAGUGAUUCAAGGACAUUAAACGCUUCAUCCAAAACAAAAGGUACUGAAAACAGUACAGUGGCAGCUAAGUCCACGAAUGCGUCCAGCUCAGAUAAUUAUGUUCACCCGGUCACAGGAAAGCUAUUAGACCCAAACUCACCGCUAGCCCUUGCUCUCUCUGCCCGGGACAGAGCCAUGAAAGAGCAAACACAGCAAAUUCCAGGCAAAGGAGAAGCUGGUAAAGCAGACCUUAACAAACCACUUUACAUCGAUACAAAGCUGCGACCCAAUAUUGAAACGACAUUUCCUGUUACUGCUACUGUCACUAGGCAAAAUACGCGUGGUCCUUUGAGAAGGCAGGAGACUGAGAACAAGUAUGAAGCAGAUGCAGGGAAAGAAAAGAAGGCUGAGGAGAAGAAGAACAUGUUGAUAAACAUUGUGGAUACUUCACAGCAGAAGUCAGCUGGUUUGUUAAUGGUUCAUACUGUGGACACAGCAAAGUCGGACGACACGCCGGAAGAUGAAGAGGAGAAGAGAGCGGAAAUGGAACCAAACCCUGAAAACUCCCCGCCAGAGAGACUGGAAGGGAGCGAGGACGCGGAGAGCGAGCUGAGUGUACCCGCUGCGCCGGAGCCACCAGCGUCUCCCUGCAAAACCAUUGUUGCAGCGAGUUCGGUCGACGACCCUGUCAUCCUGCCCUUCCGCAUCCCUCCGCCACCCUUAGCGUCAGUCGAUAUUGAUGAAGAUUUUAUGUUUACUGAGCCACUACCGCCCCCCUUGGAGUUCGCUAACAGCUUUGAUAUCCCUGACGACCGCUUGGCUCCCGGUUCAGCUCUGACAGACUUGAUGAAGCAAAGAAAAAAUGGAACCCCUUCACCUGCGCCAUUUACCCCCAGCCAGUCAACCAACUCCUUAGACAGUAAAAAGCAAGUGGGUCUUUCAAACUGUUUGCCUGCCUCCUUCCUGCCACCCCCUGAAAGCUUUGAUAACGUCACUGACUCUGGGAUUGAGGAGGUAGACAGUCGAAGUAGUAGUGACCAUCACUUAGAGACAACCAGCACUAUCUCAACAGUGUCCAGCAUCUCUACCUUGUCCUCAGAAGGUGGCGAGAACUUGGAUACUUGUACAGUCUAUGCAGAUGGGCAAACAUUUCUGGUGGACAAACCCCCAGUACCUCCUAAGCCAAAAAUGAAGCCCAUAAUCAACAAAAGCAAUGCACUUUACAAGGAUGCGCUAAUUGAAGAAACUGUAGACAGCUAUGUUAUUCCUCCUCCCGCUCCGCCCCCACCGCCGAUCAGUGCACAGGCCAGUAUGGCUAAAGUUGUUCCCCAAAGGACAUCUAAGCUGUGGGGUGAUGUGACGGAGGUGAAAAGCCCAAUUCUCUCAGGCCCAAAGGCUAAUGUUAUUAGUGAGUUGAACUCAAUACUGCAGCAAAUGAACAGAGAGAAAUCCUCAAAGCCAGGGGAAGGGUUGGAGUCACCUACUGGAACAAAAACUGCAAGUCUCAGUACAAGGAGCACAGAAGUCAUGAGUACUGUCUCAGGUACCCGAAGUACAACAAUCACUUUCACUGUCCGCCCUGGAGCCAGCCAGCCGAUCACACUGCAGAGCAGGUCUCCAGACUAUGACAGUAGGACCUCAGGAGCAAGGCAUGCUCCAAGCCCUGUGGUUUCACCUACAGAGAUUAAUAAAGACAUCAUGCCUGCUCCUCUGACUGCUUCUGCUUCAGCUUCAUCUCCUUCUCCAACUCUGUCUGAUGUAUUUAGCCUACCCAGCCAGCCCCCCUCUGGGGACUUAUUUGGCUUGACCACAGGGCGCAGCAGGUCUCCUUCUCCCUCAAUAUUACAACAGCCAAUCUCAAAUAAGCCUUUUACAACUAAGCCUGUCCACCUGUGGACUAAACCAGAUGUGGCAGAUUGGUUGGAAAGUCUAAACUUAGGUGAACAUAAAGAAACAUUUAUGGACAAUGAAAUAGAUGGCACUCAUUUACCAAAUCUACAAAAGGAAGAUCUGAUAGACCUUGGAGUGACUAGAGUUGGGCACAGAAUGAACAUAGAAAGAGCUCUGAAACAGCUGCUGGACAGAUAAGAAUAGCUAUUUUGCCUCACAAACUUCUGUUGAUAACUAGAGAUGGGCUGGUACUGAAAUACCCCAAAUGCCUUGUCUGUCUGCGAGUGCCAGCCAAAUUAGGGUGGGGGAGGGGGGUGCUUAAUUUCUGGUACUCAGGUAAUGCAGACUGUAUGCUACAUGCCCAAACAUAAAUCUAAACAUGUUACGUGAGUGGGGCCAUUCUAUUUCAAAGUUGUGGGGAGAUGAGAGAGAGAGAGAAAAAAAGUUGUUAACUUCAAAAAUAUUAUCAUCUAUUGAUAACGCCCUUCUGCUGGAACCAUUGCAUAUCAAUUUUCUUUCCAUUUAGAACUGCAAGCAUUUCACUUUUUAAAUUCAAAAGCACUAUAUUCACUUCUUGACGUUCAUUCAGUCUCCUAACAGGUUUCCUUCCCAAACCUUUAAUUCAUUUUAGGAGGAGAGACACAAGCUUCGUUACCUUUUUAAACCAUUUUUGUUAGUAUUAGAGGCGCAAUUUUAAGGCAGGUACAGAAGUUCACAUUACUGUUUUUCAACUAGUUUAGCUCUCUGAUUUAUUAGCAGUGAAGCUGGUUGUUUUGCUGGAAUUAGUUCAAAGGUAACCUUGCUCUGUUUUACUUGGUAUUUCUUUAUUUCUGCAGUUAUAUUUAGUGCUCUUCCAAGGUGGCAGAACAAGUUCAAUAACAUGCUCCAUUGACUUGACCUGUAAGACGAUGCAGAGUUGCAUAAAAACUGAGAAAGACCGCUCCCUUAGAGGUACAACAAAAUGAAGCUAGUUUGAACCUGAGACCCCCAGUUUUCAACCAGCUGAACUACUGCGAAGGCGCAACGUGAACUCUACAAGCCAGAAACAAUUUGGGUUUAUGUACAGAUGCAUCUUUUAGACUUCACAGUCAGAUACUCAAAUAUGCUGAACCCCGAGAGAGACUGCUUAAUUCAGUGAGUCGUAAGUGCUUAGCCAUUUUAAACAUCAGGUCAAGAAGAAAUGAAAAGAUAGAUGAAUGUUCCCAUUGAAAUCCAUGGGAAGGUUGCCAGUAUUUUCAAUAAGAGAGGGAUAUCGGCCUGUUAGUGGAAGUGGAAAUGUUUCAGGUUUUAAAAAAAAAAAAAAAAACAGAAAAAGGUAGAAAAAGCUAAUACGAAGGUGGAAAGAGGUCUGCAGUGUCUCAGAAUGCAAGUGUGCCAAGGGCCAGGAGAAUUGGGUAGGUAUCCAGUUUCUCAUUUUUGUCAUUUUUAACAUAUACUGGCUUCUUGUCAAGGCCAGCAAACUGAGCGCUCAGCAGGGAGCUGGCGGCUUCCCCCCGACCUGCCGUGAUUUCUUUGCGCAGCUGCGGCGAGGUGCGGGGAGAGGGCCGCCCCCCCUGCCACGGAGUGGGCAGACAGGGCUCCGCGUGGCCCCGGCCGCUCCGCAAGCGGCUGCCAGAGCCUGCCCUUUCCCGAGACUUCAGCCAGCAGGGGGGAAACGCACAGAUUUUUUUUUUUAAUCUGACUUUUUUUUUUUUUUUUAAGUUAACAAGUCUCUCUCUGCAUGUUUGACCUCCCCUUGUAAUUAACACCUUUAAAUAUCUGUGAGUUUUGUAGGUCUUAAUAUUAACAUAAUAUUCAACAUGUUCCAGGUGGGUAAGUGGUGCGUGGACGGCUAGACUGCCUACUUACCGUACUUUCAGGUUCCCUUACAUUUUGCAAGGUACCUGAACUUUCUUUCCUUGCUAUGGUCCUUGAUAUGGUCCAGCCUAUCUCUAAUUUUUUAUUGUGAUUAUUUUUUGCUCACAAACAAGUGUCUAAUUAGGUCUGCAACAGCCCUAGUAUGAGUACAUAAGGUUUAGCAUUUUAAAUAUCUUUCUUUACUGCAAGUUUAAAUAGUUGUACAGAUAGUUUAUAAGCACAAUAUUUUAAGAAAAUAAGUGGCUGGUCUACUGGGCAGCCUUUGUGCCACUUCAGUGCUAGAAAGUUAAAACAACAAAAAACUUUUGUGGUUUAAUACUAUUUCUGUGGAAUAAUUAUAAAGUCUUGACCUUUUUAAAAUUCAACCUCAUUUGGAUGCAUCUGAACCAGCAGAGCUGUGUUAUAUUUUCUAUCUUUGCUAGAACUUCUACAAAGGAGGAUGACUAUUUCUUCAAAAGUGGUUAUAGUUACCAACGCAUUGGAUACGCAUAAAAAGCAACAUAUUUAGCCUCCUGCCCCCUUUAUGGAACAACAAAUCUUUUGACUUAAGAUCUGUUACUACGCUAUAUUUGUAUUUGAAAGUUCCAAGUAACCUUGUAAUAAAAACCAAGUAUUAAGGCAUUCUACUUCCAAGAGUACUGAAUUUUUCCACAGUUGUUGUAGAAAAUGGCAGUCUCAUUCAGAUAGUCGAUACAGGCAACUUGAGGCCAUCUUUAAGACGUGUAAAAAUGGUAAUUUAGCCAUCGUUGUCUUCCAUUUGGUGAUAUGACAGAAUUCAGUAAAUAAACCACUAAUGCCAUGCUCUCUCUUUUUUUUUUAUUUUGUUUCAUUUUGUUUCUUUGGGUACGGUUGAUAUUACCUCUAUAAUAUGUGCCAGGAAAUACAUUAGAAAAUAUGGUAGUAAAAGAAAAUGUAGAAGUUGACUUUUAAGCUGCUUUUUAAUCACAACCUUACUGUUGAAUUUAAGUUUAAUGAGUGCUGACAUACACAGUAAAUUACAGUUGAUGGUAAUCCCUUUCUUAAACAGGUAUGUUUCGUGCUCCUGUAUUUUUUUUCAGGUACGGAAAGAAUAGGUACUAUACAAUUCGUAGAAAAGAGAUUUAAAACAUUGAAGAGCUAAUGAAAUAAAUAGUUUAUUUUUACAUUGUGGCUUACAAGCUGAACAUAACGAGGCCUGAAAGGACCUACUUUUACCAAUAAAAUACACCUCUGCCAAGAUGAAUUGGUCUCUAGCUCUGUUUGAUGAUGUUGCUGCAGAAAGCAAUAGUAACAGAUACAACGUUGCCUCCGAGUAUUGUAUGAGAACAGGUUGAAAUGUGUGGGGGGGGGGGGGGAGAGAGAGAGAAGACCCUAUUAUUUCAUGCUAGUAUGAUAGUGAAAAACAAGCUGUUAGAGAUCUAUGAAAUACGUUAUGAUAUUCUGGGUUUUAGGAUCAACUUUUGUUUAUAUACUGUAAUUUAAAUAAAUUGCAUUUACAUGCCUAGUUUCUGUAAUAUUUGUGUAUACAAUACCAAAAUCUUACAAGAUGUAAAUUGUGUAUAACUGCACAGACUCCUUUUCCUGGGUGUCUGAGAACAUUUUAAGUUUAAUUCAUAUAUUAUAAAAUGACUAGAUGUGACUGUUGAUUUACAGAAUUUACAUAUCACAAAAGUUAAUUAUUUGUGGUACUUAAGUUAAUAAAAAUAGUGAUUUUUUUUUUCCUCCGUUCUUAAAAAGCAUUACCCAGUUGAUCUGGCGAUGAUUAUGUGUAUGAGCCACAAAUAUUGAUAAUUUUUCCAUUACAUUUUUUCUUUUUUUUCUAGAUAUUAAUAUGUUUCGCGCUAUAGUUUGUGUAACAACUUGUGUUCACGUUAUCUAUGUUGCUGUAAUUUUUGUGCUUUAAUUCCUCUUAUUUCAACUGAUUAAAAAAUCAAGCUCCUGUAACUUGCACUUUUCCCCAAUCCUUAAUACUCUUGUAUGGCAACCAAAAUUACUGUAAGAAAUAAAUAUAAUAUUGCACUAAG